AUUGAGGAAGAAACCUGUAGAGAGGAGAAGAAGACGACGAAGUCAAGAGAGAGAGAAAGAGAAGAGACGGCGACAACAAUGGCGGAGGAGACGAAGGAGAAUGAAGAGAGGGUGAAGCUGUUCGUCGGACAAGUUCCGAAGCACAUGACGGAGACUCAGCUCCUCGCAUUGUUUCAGGAAUUCUCCAUCGUCGACGAAGUCAACAUCAUUAAGGACAAGAUAACGCGAGCUUCCCGAGGAUGUUGUUUUCUGAUAUGUCCUUCAAGAGAAGAAGCAGACAAGGUGGUCAAUGGUUGCCAUAACAAGAAGACAUUGCCUGGAGCAUCUAGUCCGUUGCAAGUUAAGUAUGCGGAUGGCGAGGUUGAAAGGUUAGAGCACAAACUUUUCGUCGGUAUGCUUCCAAAGAAUGUCUCUGAAGCUGAAGUCUUAUCCUUAUUCUCCAAGUACGGAACCAUAAAGGAUGUCCAGAUUCUACGAGGGUCUCUACAAACUAGCAAAGGCUGUGUUUUUCUGAAGUAUGAGUCUAAAGAACAAGCGGUCGCUGCUAUGGAAGCCAUCAAUGGAAAACAUAUAAUGGAGGGUUCGAAUGUUCCUUUGGUUGUGAAAUGGGCAGACACAGAAAAGGAAAGACAAGCCCGAAGACUUCAAAAAGCACAAUCGCAUGCCUCCAGACUCGCUAACUCUGAUCCACAAAACCCCUCGCUGUUUGGAGCCUUACCCAUGAGUUAUAUACCUCCUUAUAAUGGAUAUGGCUAUCAUGCACCUAGAACUUAUGGGUACAUGCUACCACCUAUCCAGACUCAACCUGCAAUUCACAAUGUGAUUUCACCGAACCAAGGUGACACUAGCUCGUUGCAGGGAGCAGCUUUGACCGAGUCUGUUCCACCGCGUUUAGCCGCCCGUAGAAACUUCCCGAUGGCUCUUGGGAAUUACAGUUAUCAUGGUCUGCAAUAUCCCAUGGCGUUUCCUAGAGGAAUGAUCAGUACUCGCCUUCCUCUAUCCACGGCACCACCUGGCCUUUCUAGCAACGGCGCAUCAACACCUUCCUCUCUUCAAGCUGAAGGACCAGCGGGUGCAAAUCUAUUUAUCUAUAACAUACCUCGGGAAUUCGGGGAUCAAGAACUCGCGGUUGCGUUUCAACCGUUCGGUAAGGUUGUAAGCGCCAAGGUUUUUGUAGACAAGGCCACUGGUGUAAGCAAAUGUUUUGGAUUCAUCAGCUAUGACUCACAAGAAGCUGCUCAAAACGCUAUUACCACGAUGAACGGUCGCCAAUUAAGCGGUAAGAAAUUGAAGGUCCAGGUUAAGAGAGACAACGGCCAACAACAACAGACUAACAAAAACGGUUUAUUAAACCCGUAAACACACCUGACCUGAUCUUUACCGUUAAGAGUUGCGGGGCAGGCGGGCCGGUUAAAGGCAGUCCGGUUUAGACAUUAAAGAUUUUGAGGGUGGAUCUUUGAAUGUGGUGGUUGAACUGGAGUACAAAAAUUGUUGGCCGUUAUUAACAUUUUGCCUAUUUGAAAAAUAUCCCAAGUCUCAUGUGGGCAGGUUCAGAAGUUCUCUCAAUCACUCAAAAUUGAUGUAACUUGCUGCAAAAGGGUUCUACUCCACUCACUUUUCUUUUCCUGUUUAUCUCUUUCUUUUAAAUUCUCGUCAUUAAAAUUUGUAACUUAUGAUUAUUAACCACUAUAAAUUCUUUUAAUUAAUCUUUGUAAAAAAUAAAUAUACCGUU